AAAACAACCAAUCAGUUUAUGUGUGACCUUAGUAAACACAUGUACUGAGGCCAAGGUCUCUUUCCGAGCAGGAGGAAUGGCUCUGACAGUCUCAGUGUCAGUCGUGGUUUUUUAAGAGCUGGAGACCAGAGCUUUAUGUGCAGAGCGUUGACUGGUUCUGACUCAGAGUUGUCGAUGUUUUGUUGCACACAAUCCACUCGUCAUUCUCACUGUGUCAGAGUUCAUGUGUCCAGGCUGAGCAGUGAAGCAGUGAGUGAACAGUGAUUCCAGCAUUAACAAGCAAGAGAGGAAGGAUGUCCCACAUGGACUCCAACGGAGCCGGCAGCGUGCAGUAUGAUCGCUGGAACGAGGACAACGUCAACAUGAAUGUGGAGGCAUCACAGUCCACUGGGAUGAGGAUCUACAACAGAGUAUGUGUCGGUAACACUGGGGUAGUAGUGAAGACAGCAGGAGCUCUGGCUGCACUGGUGUCCAUCUACAUCAUAGGAUACGCAACAGGAUACUACAUCCAUAGGUGCUGAUGGUGGAGCCCAGCAAGGAGAGAAAACUGAAAGCCUCUGUUUCAAAGAUCAUUUUUAUACAAAACUCAAUUGAGCAUGCUUUCAACUUAAUUCUGAAGCAAAACCUAAUGAAUAUGUCUUAUUUUCAUAAAAUCUUACGGAAGUAAAACUCCAGUUUAUGAUGGAAUCGUGUGUCAUUGUUUUUGAUACAUGAAAACUGAAGUUGUAUUAAAGUUUAUUUAUUCUAAAUAA